AUGGUGAGAGACUUCCCUUCGGAGAUUCCUUUUUGGAUCAAGAUUGAGGGAGUCCCCACAGAGUUCUGGUCAACUCCAACUUUUCAGAGCAUUGGAGAUGCUAUUGGUGAAACUACAGAUGUGGAUCUUGAUUAUGGUAAGAUGCGGGUGAUCAUAGAUGGACGCAAGGAGUUGUGCUUUGAGACAACAGUGGACUUCAAAGGUGGAGAAUACUACGAGGAAGAGGAGGCUCUCGUUACUUUGCAGUUUGAGAAGCUGUGUGGGCACUGCUCUCUCUGUCUUAGUCUCUGCCAUGAUUUGGGGAACUGUACUUUGAAUCCAAACCCAGAGAAGAAGAAGGAGAGUAGGGAGGGUGCUGCGGUCAGAAAAGAUGAUCGAGCAAGGAGUUAUAAGGGAGUGGUGACCAAUGGAGAAGGGGGCCAUCAAGAGAAUGACAAGAAUCCAAGGAGAUACCAAGGAAAGGGGAAAGGAAAGAUGUAUGAGGAACAAGAAUCAAAAUGGGAAAGGGUGCCGGAACGUGGAAGUAAAAGAUCCUUCUCAAACCGCAACCACAACAAAUUCGAGGAGGGAGGCUCCAGGAACCGCAACUCCCGGUGGGAAAAAACAAGGCGCCACUCAGAGGAGGAGAGGAGUCGGCCAUCUCGUGCAACACGCAGUGAAAGAAACCCACUACGAGGUGAAAGAAGUCCUGUGCGCAGAAACAGAGAGGAGCCACGCGAAGAAGGAGAAAUUUGGCUUGAUGAGAGUGAUAGGGGGAGGUUGCAACAAGAAGUGGAGAAGAGUUUAAUACCCCCACCAGGACCUGCACAGGAGACAUCUCCACUCCCCGGUGAUCCUGAUCAGGUAACUUUAAUUACUGGAGAGUUGGAAAAUGGUUUGGAUCUGGUUAGCGAGUUUUUAGAAGAUGGAACUAAUACGCUGGAGCAGGAUAAGAUCAUUGCGGAUUUAGAUUUUUCUGGAGAGGUGGGAAUGGAACUGGGAGAGACUGAUCACACUAGGACGGAGACAGAGUCGGGUCUGGAACUUGAUGAUGAAUUCCAGAAUCUCAGAGACAGAGAAGGAAAAGAUAUGAACCAAGUGGAGGCAAAAGAAGUUGUCGAAGAAGAUAUGACUGGAGACAUUGUAGAGGGUAAGGGGGCAACUGCGGUGGAGAAGAAGCCGGGACUGCGCAAGCCUUUGUUCUCAGUUUCUGGUGGAAACAACUCCAAGUUUGCUCAAGUUCUCAUGUCGCCUCGCAAACGUGCACCAGCUAAACAGAGUCUCCGCAAGGGAGGUGGCGCUAAGAAAGUGAAAGAAAAGGGUUCCUCACACCCAAAACAGCUACCCAAGCCUUAA